AUGAUGUCAUGCGUUUUCCAUUUCAUGCGAUUCAAUCCUUACCAGACUUCUCGUUUUCAACGCAAAGCGUUCUUUGUCUAUGAACAUGCGGUGUCAACGUUCGUCUAUUAAUGUUGUCACAUUACUGCCAGGAGAUCAGGGAGAUGCCUACGGUUUAUGCUUAAAGCCUUAGAUUACAGAAGUCUAAGGCAGAAUUACCGUUGGUUUCGUUGGGUUUGCAGAUCACAGUAGUGCCCGACAACGGUGUUCUGCUGAGGAUGGCAUGACGGCUGCCACCCUCCACCAUGUUUUAAUUCUUCUUAUCAUUAUCAGCUAUCGAGCUUGUCAGCCCUCGCCUUUGUAUUUUUAGCUCUUUGAGUCAUGGUUUUGGCCUUUCAGCGUUUUUCGGUUUUUUAUUUUAUUUUUAUUUUUUCAUUCUCGUCGUUUUCUCAGCUACGAAUCUGUAUUUCUAGUACUAGUAGUACUCGUUUUCAUUCGAGUCUCCUCAUAGUGCUGCCCUGGUCGCCGACGAUCCUGUACUUAUCCAGGCCAGCGUGCGUACUCACGCUCCAACGCUAUUUGUAUCCCGUCCUCGCCUCGAGUGCCUCCACCCAUUAGUUCUUACUGUAUCA